UCACCACCGCCAUCACCGCUCACUCCUUUUCCUUUUCUUUUUAUCUUUAUUUAGUUUUUCUCUUAUACUUAACUAUCGUUAUCGUCGUCAAUGGCCAACCCACCAACCUUUCUCUUCAUCCCUCCGCCGCUCCCUCCCUUCCCCCCGGACUCUCCCUCCGACGAUCUCUCUCCUCUCGGGCUUGUCCUCGGUUUCAUCACCUUCAUCACCAUCCCCGUCCUCAUCUACACCAUCGUAUUCGGGGUCAAAUGUCCCCCCCUGCCUCUCCGCCGCAGCCGCCAGAGCUCCGGCACCUACUCCGUCGAAAUCUCCUCAGUGGAUGGCGAAGGCGGCGCCGUGGCUCCUCCGGAAGUCAACCACGAGAAGGAGAGCGGCCGCGCAGCAGACGUUGUUGGCGGCGAGUGCCCGGUGUGCCUUUCGGCGUUGUCCGAAGGCGGAGAGGAGAUCAAGCGGCUGAGCGUGUGCACGCACGCGUUCCACAGCACGUGCAUCGACAUGUGGCUGGAGUCUCACUCUAACUGCCCCGUCUGCCGCGCGACGAUCGCAGUGAAGAAACCAAACAAUCCGGCGCCGCCGCCGCCACCACCUACAGCUGCCAGAGAAGUUUUUCGCCAUCAGGGCCGUCAACAUGCCGCUGAUUUGGUCUGAGCCUAUUUGAUUUCCCUUUUGCCUUUUCCCUCAACUGAGGAUCAAAUUUUCCGGAUUAUAAUUUUGAGGGUGCUUUUUUACUUUUUUUUCAGUUUGUAUUACUGUAACAGAAACUGCAGGUAGGAAAAUGC